CUAGGUCCUGCCUGGCUGUUCACUGUUCCCCCCUCCCCCACCAGCCGCGCUCCUGUUUCACUCAAAGAUGGCGGCGGCUCCAGAGCCCCUAGUCUCUGGCUGCAUUUUUAGGCUUGUUGUUGUCUCCGUUUCACACGGUUUUGGCACCUUCUUCUCGGCGGCUCGACAAGAGAUUCCGGGUUUGUCAGCUACUCAAGUGUACUGGGCAUGAAGGUGAUCGGCCCUGGCUGCUCCCUGGGGUGAGAAGCCUAGACUGCCAGUAGAUCAGAAGAGGACAAGAAAGCAGGACAGUGAAGACAAGUGGACGUGGAUACACAGAAAAAUCCUCGAUCUUGUGGAAUGUCAUAAUCCACAAAAACAUAUUUUCUGCAUUGCACCCACCUUUAUCGUUAAAACACUAAUUUCACAUUGUGGACACCAUGGUCAUCUUUCACAGCGCACACUAAGAACUGGCUAGUUUGCCAGCAACACAACACAGAUUGAAUAGGUGUUUGUAUUUUUGCUGCGGGCAAAGUGGGACCCUCCCUCUUUGAGAUCUACUAUCUUGCCAAGUGUGUCGUGGGAGUGUAACUUUCUAUUAUACUUUUUUUUAACCUCCUCCAUACACCCCCCACUUUUUGCCAGGGAUUGUCACCUGCCUGGUGGUGGGUGGACCUGACUUUACUGGGUAGAGGGUUGACAGGGGGUUUGUGCUAUGGUUAGCUGCUCCCUUCCGUGCUCCGCACACUCAGCUUCUGAGGGACUCUCUGUACGACCCCAGGACAAGGGAUAGUAAGAAGCAGAGGGCAAAAAAGAGGAGGCGGCGGCGCUACGGCGCAGGCCAGGUAUUCCUUGGCUUACCGUGUCUAUUUUUGUGUGUGGUCAUUGUGGUAAGGCCCCAGGGCCCCCACACCCACCCAGACCGCAGCCAUGGUGAAAUUGGCAAACCCAACGUACACCCAAUGGCUCCUAGAGGCCAUCAAAAAGGUGAAGAAGCAGAAGCAGCGACCAUCAGAGGAGCGCAUCUGCAAUGCGGUCAAUAUGUCCCAUGGCCUGGACCGCAACACAGUUCUGGAACAGUUAGAGCUCAGUGUCAAGGACGGAACCAUCCUUAAGGUCACCAACAAAGGUCUAAAUUCCUUCAAGGACCCUGAUAACCCUGGACGCUUGGCUCUGCCCAAGCCCAAAGGGGGUAGCAGCUCUGGGGGAGGAGGCGGCAGCAGCGGUUGCAGUGGAAGUGGAGGAGGAGGAAGUGGAGGUGGAGGCGGAGGCGGAGGUGGAGGUGGUGGGGGAGGUAGCGGUGGUGGGGGUGGUAGCAGUGGUGGUAGUAGCUCCCAUUCUCAUUCAGGAAAGAAACCAGGACUCGACUGGAACAAGCUUAUCAAGCGGGCACUGGAGGGGCUCCAUGAGCCUGGUGGCUCAGGCUUGAAGAACAUUGAGCGCUUUCUCAAGUGCCAGGCUGAUGUGGCAGCCUACUUGUCGAGCAGCGGUUCCAUUGGGACUAGCCUCUUCCAUCAGCAGCUGAGGGUGGCCUUGAAGAGAGCAGUGGCCCAUGGACGUGUGGUUAAGCAGGGUCCACUGUUCCAGCUCAUCAGUCGCAGCAGCUCCCAGGAUGAUGGCACUGGAACAGUGUCUCUGGAAUCUCUGCCACCUGUUCGUUUGCUGCCCCACGAGAAAGACAAGCCUGUGGCAGAACCCAUCCCCAUCUGCAGCUUCUGUUUGGGCACCAAGGAGCAGAAUCGCGAUAAAAAGCCCGAAGAGCUCAUCUCCUGUGCCGACUGUGGCAAUAGUGGCCACCCGUCCUGUCUCAAGUUCUCCCCAGAACUUACUGCACGUGUCAAGGCUCUUUGGUGGCAGUGCAUCGAAUGCAAGACUUGCAGCAGCUGUCAGGAUCAAGGGAAGAAUGCGGACAACAUGUUGUUUUGCGACUCCUGUGAUCGGGGUUUCCACAUGGAGUGCUGCGAUCCUCCCCUCACGCGAAUGCCAAAAGGCAUGUGGAUUUGUCAAAUCUGCCAACCCAGGAAAAAGGGAAAGACGCUUUUACAUGAAAAGGCAGCACAAAUCAAACGGCGCUACAGCGCACCACUGGGACGGCCUAAAAACAGACCGGGGCGGCCUUUCAAGAAACUUAGCGGGCGUGGUCGACGGAAGCGCUCGGCCUCAGCAAACUCGUCCUCCAGCUCCUCCUGUGAGGGUUACCCUGGUGAUGACCGGCUGCUUUUUUCAAUGCGGGAGGAUGAUGACAUGUCACAGAGCGGCCUUCGCUUCAACAACAAGACCAAGGGCCUCAUCGACGCCCUCACGAAGUUCUUCACGCCGUCACCCGAGGGCCGCAAGGCGCGGCAGGAGGUGGUGGACUACUCGCAGUGCCGCAUCCGUAAGAAAUCUGGUCGCAAGGGAGAAGGAGAUGACAGGGGGGACAAUCAGGAAGGCAGCGACUGGCGUGACGAAGAUGAAAAACUGCCUGGCCACGAGAACCUGACGGAAAAAGACAUUGAACUCUUCAGACAUAUCCAGGAGGUGGCAUUGCAGAAAGUCGGGGUGACGGGUCCACCAGACCCUCAGAUGCGAUGUCCGUCGGUCAUCGAAUUUGGCAAGUUUGAAAUCCAGACGUGGUAUUCAUCUCCGUACCCACAAGAGUACAGCAGACUACCCAAGCUCUACCUGUGUGAGUUCUGCCUCCGCUACAUGAAGAGUCGCAGCAUCCUCUACCAGCACAUGAAGAAGUGCAACUGGUUCCACCCUCCUGCCAACGAGAUUUACAGGAAGGACGAAGUCUCUGUAUUUGAGGUGGACGGGAACGUGAGCACAAUCUACUGUCAGAACCUGUGUCUACUGGCCAAAUUGUUCCUGGACCAUAAGACACUGUACUAUGACGUGGAGCCUUUUCUUUUCUAUGUCCUGACCCAGAACGACGGCAAGGGGUGCCACCUUGUCGGCUACUUUUCAAAGGAGAAACACUGUCAACAGAAAUACAACGUAUCAUGCAUCAUGAUUCUUCCACAAUACCAGCGCAAGGGCUAUGGGCGCUUUCUCAUCGACUUCAGCUACUUACUGUCGAAGCAUGAGGGCCAGCCAGGGUCUCCAGAGAAGCCUUUGUCGGACCUGGGUCGGCUAUCCUACAUGGCCUACUGGCGCAGUGUGGUGCUGGAAUGUCUCCACGAGGUCCGCGACCGAAAACUCUCCAUACGACAGCUCAGCAAACAGACGGGGAUCUGCCCGCAGGACAUCACCACCACACUGCACAGCCUCACCAUGCUGGAGCAGCGAGGAGACAGACUCGUUCUGGUGCGGCGGGACAAGCUGGUGUCGACCCACAUGACUCGUCUGAAGGCCCGGCCGCGACAGCUGGACGUGGACCCCGAGUGUCUCCGCUGGACUCCCGUCAUUGUAACCAACACAGUGGUUUCUGACGCUGAUGGAGAUGACGACGAUGAUGAGGAGGAUGAAGAGCCAGAGAGAGAUAACCACAAGGAGAUAAAACCAAGUCACAAAGUCCCCCCCAUUUCCUGGCACAUGCGCCAAGGGAGGAAGAAAAAGGAAGAGGAGGAGGAGGAAGAUGACGACGACGAUGAUGAAGAUGAGGAGGAGGAGGAAAGGAAGAGCUUCUUAGGGUUUCCGCUGAGACAAAGCUCUCCAAUGUCCCCUCCGCUCCGCUGUCCACCCCCUGUCCAAGAACCACCACGACCCACUCCCCCAACAAAUGGAGAGCGAAGACCACGGGGACGCCCACCUAAGAACUGGCCUUGGGGCAAGGUAAAAGACAGCGCACGCGUGGGAAGACCACCAAAGAUCCGACCCGUGGAGGACGAGGACGAGGAAGAUGAGAGAACAGAGGGGGGGAAAAACACCAGCUCUGCCAGCGGCCCCCCCUCACUCUUCUCCCUGGACAGACAAACAGAGUCCACAGCUUUUCACUCACUGGACUUGGCCCGGCACACCCCCAUAACCCCCACACGGAGAGGACGACCCCCGAGGAAAAAGAGAGGUCCAAAGCCCAGACUGACUGAGGGACCUGGAGAGGCGCUGACGCAGCUUCCUGUGGUCUCUAAGUUAAAUGACGCUCCGCCUGUCAGGAAGAGCUGCUUCAGUGAGAGCAGCGAAGAAGAGGAUGAUGACGAAGAUGAUGACGAUGACGAUGAUGACAGGAGGGCAUGCUCCCCACCCAUCCUCACUAAACCUGCCAUGGGGUUAAAAUGCAAGAAGCCUCUUAGGAAACGUCGAUUUCGCCAGCGCAGCCACCCUCACAGCAGCGUGGUGACAGAGACCAUUUCUGAGACCACAGAGGUGUUGGAUGAGCCCUUCGUAGACUCCGACUCGGAGAGGCCUAUGCCCAGGUUGGAGGAGGAGACGCCUCUGGGCCACCCGCUGCGCCGUUACCCUCCCGCACGCUCUGCUCUGAGGUUGUCAGACCCAGCACCCAAAAGGGGGCGACACUCCAUGCUGUCUGAUUCAGAGGACGAUGAGCUCACGCCUGUGCUGCAGCCUGCUUUGCCUGUAACUCCGUCAAACACCCUAACAGCCAAUUCUGAAGUCCCAGUCAAGAAGAAGAAAGGCUGGCCCAAAGGAAAGAGCCGCAAGCCACUGCACUGGAAGAAACGUGGCCCUGGUAAACCACCUAGUGGUGGGCCCAGUGCUACUGCAGAUAGUCAGGCCUUAAGUGGAGACCCUCCGCCUCCCAAAAUCAAGAUGAAGCCUGGCCGCAAGCCCCGUAGCUGGUACCUGCAGCGGGAGCAGGAGGAGGCAGACAGAAAGGAGCAGGAAAGACAAAGGCUUCUGGCACAGCAUCUAGAUAAAGAUGCUCAGUCGCUGCUGACAGACGAUCGUAACAGCAAGCGAGUCUGCAGAACCAGCACGGACAGAGACAACAAACAGAAAGACUCAGACGAAGAAGACGACUAUCUCCCAAAGCCUGUUGAGCAGAAGGUGCCCAGGAGGCGAGGGAGGCCGCCCAAGAACCGCGCUCUCUGCCAGCCACCACAGCCUGCCCCCAAACCACCUCCCACCUCUGAGCCAGAGGAGGAAGAUGAGGAGGAUGAGGAGGAGGACACUGAAAGAGUGUGGGAGGAGGAGAAACCUAGCCGUCCACCGUCCCGUCCCCUGCUGUCCCCUUCUUCCUCCUCUUCCACAUCAGCACCACGGGCACCACAGUCUCGGCCUCAGGACACAGAUAUGGGUGACAGAGAAGAAGACGAUGAUGACGAUGACAGGGAGGAAGAGGAAUGUGGCAGCACGGGCAGCGGUGGUGGGAAUAUCAACAGGAGAACAGCUGUCACAACAGGUUCAGGGAGCAGGCGCAGUGAAGACCACGAUGCGGACGAUGAAGGUGAUGGGCACUUAGAGGAGAAGAGCAACAGCAGCAACAACAGCAGUAAGAAGAGAAAAAGUCAAGACUCUGAAGAUGACGACGACGACGAUGAGGAGGAGGAGGAGCCUGCCUCCCGCGCAAGCUCUCCUCCUGUCAAAGAAGAACCCCAAGGUGGCGAGGCUUUUUUAGACAUGGAGAACAGCGUGGCCGGGGACUAUGUCAGCAAGCAGGAGGAGGAGGAAGAAGAGGAGGAGGAGGAGGAGGCUGAGGAGGUGCAGGAGACCAAGUGUCGGCCCUCCUCGGCUGACCCUCAGCAGGAGGAGAGGCGGCGCAGAGAACAAGAGGAGUCUGCUGCAGCAGCUGCAGCAGUGGAAACAGUUACAGCCAUGUCUGUUCCCUCUGAGCCCAUGGAGCUCCAGCCUCUGCACCCUGAUGACAAGGACGUCACGCUGUUGAUGGAACCCCAGCACACACAUCCACACUCGCACUCCCACCAGCACUCCGACUUCAAAGAGGAGCUGGGCCACCAUCACCCGCACCACUCCCAUCACCACUCUAAUGAGCUGGACCUGGAGACAAUGCAGGCCGUCCAGUCUCUGACUCAGGGCGAGGCCCAGGACGAAGAGACGGAGCCCCAACCACACCACGGGGCGUACCAGGACUGUGAGGAGACCCUAGCUGCCUGCCGAACCCUGCAGAGUUACAGCCACACAGGGGAGGCAGAGGAGGAGGCCCUGGCUUUAGUGGAAGAGUGUGGGGCCUCCCAACACAGCAGCCCCCUUCCUAAUCCCCCAGUGCCACCCCUGCCCAGUCAGUCUGUACGGUCGGUGAACAGUCCAGGGUUACCAUCAGGAAUCAUGGACACAGGACCAGCAGGGCAGAGGGGAGGGACUCCUGGACCCACAGGAGCAGGGGGCAAUGGUGGAGGUGCUGGAGCUGGGUACACCCAAAUCACACCAGAGCAUCCCAGUUCUCUGUCUGCCCCAUCCCAGCAGAACAUGGAGACGUCGCCAAUGAUGGAUGUGCCGUCUGUGUCCGAUCACUCACAGCAGGUGGUGGACAGUGGCUUCAGUGACCUUGGCAGCAUAGAGAGCACCACAGAGAACUAUGACAACCCCAGCAGCUAUGACUCUACCAUGGGUGGCAAUGGAACAGCAAGUGGGGGCAACGGAGGUGGAAUGACCGCUGCUGUAGUUGCAGGAGCUUCCACAGCUUCCUCAUCAUCAGCCUCCUCUUCCUCCAGUUCAGCCACCCCGUCCUCCUCAUCCCAGUCAAACAGCUGCUCCUUUGUGCCGGCCCCCAGCCUCACAUCAUCCACAGGCACUGGAGCAUCCCAGAUCACUAUGGGAAGCUGUAGCCUCAUUCAGCAGACUGGUCCGGGGCCCACUGGGCCUGGUUCCAAUAACGUAGGCAGUGGUGUCCCUCAGCCCCCACCACCCCCACCGCCAUCCAACACCCCUAGCUGUGGCAUUAAGUCUCCACAGAGCUGUGGUGUUAUUGAAAGACCUCCCAGCACCAACCAGCAGCAACAGCAACAGUCACUAAAAAAGGUUCCUCAGCAGCAGCAAACUUCCAACCCUCAGCCUCCACCCUCGGUGCAGCAGCAGCAGCAGCAACAACAGCAGCAGCAGCAGCAGCAGCAGCAGCAACAACAACAUCAACAGCAGCAGCAGCAGCAGCAGCAACAACAACAACAACAACAACAACAGCAGCAGCAGCAAGCCUUGUCCCAGUGUAGCAUGGGCAAUGGCUUUGCCUCCACUCCCAUGAUCAUGGAGAUCCCAGAGAGUGGAGGAGGGGGCCGCACCCUCUACGAGCGCAUGGGUCAGGACUUUGGCACAGGGGGUUACCCGCAGCCUUCGGCCACGUUCAGUCUGGCCAAGCUGCAGCAGCUCACCAACACCAUCAUGGACCCCCAUGCUAUGCCCUACUCUCACUCAGCCUCCGUCACGUCCUACGCCACCAGUGUUUCUCUGUCCAGUCCUGGGCUGGCCCCCUCACCCCACAACCCCCUCCCUCAGGGCCAGCCCACCAUGACCCCGCCUCCUAACCUCAGCUCCGGCUCCAUGAACCUGGGCUCGCUGCAGCUACAGUGCAACAUGCCUACCACCAAUAUUGGCCUUGGACCACCGCCGCACACUCAGAGGCUACAGGGCCAGAUGGCCACUGUCAAAGGUCAUAUCUCCAUCCGGUCCAAAGCCACCCAACAACUGGCCCCUGCCCCACACCAGCAGCAGCUCUAUGGUCGCAGCUCAGGGGCUGUGACCAUGCAGGGCACACCGCGCACGUUGGCUGUGCAGCGCGGUAUGAUGCCAAACCUCAUGCCGACGCCGGCAGCGUAUAAUUCCAUGAACAUGACGCCGCUGAACGCCAUGUCAGCCGGCUACCGGAUGCCCCAGCCGAUGAUGAACAGUGGUUAUCAUGGCAAUCCCCCUUACAUGAACCAGCCCGCUCAGUACCCGAUGCAGAUGCAGAUGGGUAUGAUGGGAGGGCAGGGUUACCCACAGCAGCCUAUGCAGCCCAAUCACCAUGGCAACAUGAUGUACACCGGCCCCUCCCAUCACAGCUAUGCUGGUGUCCCAAAGCAGUCGCCGUACAUGAGUAGAUGAGCAGCCCUGAACUGAAAAAGGAGACAUGAGGCCAGAGUUGAUACUCGCUGUACUCUAAAUGUCCAUAACUCCUGUUCACCCUCUCCAGUGCCUCAGCAGGCACCAGUGAGUGCGGGUGAAGGAAACAGAGAGGGUCUUUGGGGUUCCUGUUUUUCUGUGUUGACAUUUUGUCCCCUUUAAUUUGGACUCGUUUCCCCUCCCCUCCCAGCUGGCUGUGUAUGGGAGCAAGUCGGUAGGAUUCAGGAGUCACGGUGUGUACAUGGACCACGACUGUGCCGUGCUGCUUCAGGUCAGGCCUACACAGUCCACGCGACCUGGAACGACGGGGAAGGUCCACAGAGACGGAGCGUACAGGCGAACCUGCAAAUGAAAAGUGAACAUUGUAAACCAUGCACACAAUCUUUUAACUGAUAUAGGAAGCCUUACCGUAAAAAAAAAAAAAAAAAGAGACAGUGAAACGUUGUAGGUGGACGUUUUUGUUUUGUUUUGCUCAACAUUGACGUUGAAUCUUUAUUUUUUUUUUGUUGUCGUUUUUGUUUUGUUUUUUUUAAUACUCGUGUGCAGUCCGACAUUUUAUAUGCUUUUGUCUUUAUGUGUGUCAUUCUGUGAUGGUGAAACACCCUCAUGCAUCUCUGCGUCUCACGUGGUGAGACCGCUUUUCGCCUGGUUCCAGGGGUUGGAGGUGUUGAGCCGUUUCCACAGUCUCGGUCUUCCUGGAAUAGUAGACAGUGUUGUACCAAAACACGGCAAAGACACGGGCGCGUUACUGUCUUUUUUUUUUUAUGUCCAUAAAUGAAACAAGUAGCAUUAUUUUCCAGUUUGCCGCCUCUCUGAAACGUUUAGAUGUAAAUAUUCUGGUACUUCCCAAUAUCCAGCACAUGUAUACACACAAAUGAACACAGAGCCCGGGCUAGCUGUCGCCAACAGGCGGCUGGCACAGGAAGCAUUCAGCUGUCCCACACUCCACUCACAGACAGUGUAAACAAUGUCAGCCUUUUUAGCAGUGUAGGAAACGCAGAAGUAACGGUGAGACUCCCUCAUAACUGCUUUAAAGAAAUUCUCCCUCCCUUAAGUGUUAGUGACCUAAGAAGGUGGAGGAGUCUGCUUUUGAAUGGUGUAUUCUGUUGAAACUGUCCUUUAGUUUUCUUUCUCCAAAGUUCUGCACUCCCAUUGGCUAGAAAUGAGGCAGUAAGACGGUUAGCCUUUAUAAAAGGCGUGUGCCUAAAUGCCCGGUCUAGUGCAUGGUUUGGCCUUCACAUAUAAGGCACAGACACACAGAAGCAGGGUCAGAGGUGAGUCGGUGUCCGACGUCUCACGGGUGAAACGGUCGACCUUGUUGUUCCGUGUACCAGUAUUCAAAGUCAAAAGAGGAGUUUUGAUUUUUCUUACAGAGCUGACAUUGCAUACUUUAUUCGUGUGUACUGUUGUGUUCUGUACGUACUUAUUGUUUUGUUUUCUUUCUGAAUUUUAUCAGACUGGGCAGCUUUCUUUUAUGACACAAGCUGACUCUUUUUGACUUAGAAAAACCUAUUGUAGAGAAAAUGUUUUUUCUAUAAUAUAAAAAGGAAAUUCUGACAUUGAUAUUGGUACUGUCAUUUUUUUCCACUUCUGUUUCAGGAAAAAAAAAAACAAUACAUAUUUUUUAGCUCGCCUCUUGGGUAAUAAUUACUAAGAAAUUCAAAAUUUAAAAAAUUACCACUCACUUUUAGUGACUUUAAGAUGCCUUUAACCUCUCCAUUCCAUCUCAUCUCUAGAAUUUUUCUAUCUUUGUGUAGUAUAUUAAUGCUAUUUUAAACAAAAUGACUACAAAUAUCUAAAGGUCACUUGGCAUUCUUUUCUUUUUUUUUUUACUUGUGUGUAUAGGAUGACUUCCUUACAUUUAAGAGGCAUGUAAAAAUGAGCUCAGUAUAUUUCUGUCUGUUUAUAUCGCUUCCCUUUUUGUAUCCUUUGUAAUUGUACAUGUUGCGUUGUAUGCUAAGAGAUGGCGCAAAAUAAAGAGAGGAGUGACAGCUGGGCACACAGUGAAGGUUGAUUUGCACCCAGCAGCCUCGACUCUCGAUUCUGUCCCUGUAUGUAUUUCCAUUUAUUUGUUUAUUAUUUUUUUUUCUUUCUUAGCAAGUACUUUCAAAGAACUCUGUACAUUUUAACAUAAAAUGAAAAUAAAUUAUGUUGAGCCAU